GAAUAGAUAAUUGGAGUAAUGGACCAUGGAGAAUGAAAUUGGGCUCAACCUUGGGGUUGGGCUUUAGGGUGUACUUGACAUGCCCCGAUCCUGAUGUCAAAGGGACAUUAGGAUGGCCACGUGUUGGCUGACACCUGAGGGUAACGCAAGCCAUUUAAUGAAUGCAUAUGCUAAGAACAUGUAAAACAUGUGUAUAAAUUUCGUGCGUGACUACGCAAAGUAAUACUCAAAUAUACGUCUUACAAAAUACCAUAAUAAUAAUCAACUGUCAACAAUGAAUCUAAUGAUAAUGCAUGACAUGUUCAGAGCAUACAACUAAUCCAGAGUACAAGCGAAAGAUAAAAUAGAGAAGAGCUAUUACAAUAGAUGUCAAAGUAGAGAGGAUGAUAUGAUGUCACUGGUAGGGGAAAACCUCGUAUCUCGGAUCGUACGCCUUGUUCCUAUGUCCUGAGGGGGCGUAAAACAAACAUGAGUGAACCAAGUUGAUUAUAUAUAUAUAUAUAUAUAUAUAUAAUACUGAAACUGUUAUCAACAUACUAACCCCCAAAGUUUUAUGAAAACUAAUAGCAUAAUAUGUGAUAGGUUUCUCUAAAAACCCUAGCAUGCCAUAAAACCUUUCAUAAAACAUAUAUCGUAUAGUGUGCUAAAUAGUGGUAUCAUAAUCGACUCGCAGGCCCUUGCAUCACCCAACUCGGCCAGUCCUAUUUUCACUAUGAUUUUGAACCCAGUCCUUUAUCGAUCUGGAUUCACUUCCGUGUUAUUACUCGCCGAGACUCCUUAUUGCACCAGGAUUCGACUACUCAUCUCACAGCAUGACUCAACCGACCUAGGUCUUGGAAGCCCACAAACUAAACGAUUCAUGGUAACCCUUUCGUAAGGCCUUCCAGGCUGAAAAUGAUUCCAUACUCGGCCCAAACUAAUAUUUUGGGCCCAAACAUUUCCCCCUCGCUUCUGAGGUCUUCGGCCUGAAUACUCUGGUCGAGCUUCGACCUUGAAGAAGCGAAACUAACCCUAGAAAUCCAAAUACUCUAUUUCCAAGACGCAUUAAUGGAGCACGAUUGCAUGUUCUUGAUUCUGCCAACUGAUCCACCACGUGGCAUCUUUCAAAUCGACUUCCUCCUAAUAAUGACACUCAAAGCGUGCGGCUUACUAAACUGUUUCAUUAUGCCAAUCUUAUUGCUGAACUCAGACACGCCACCUUGAUCCACGAAUCAUCCAACAUCGUGCAGACGCCAAAAUGUCCUUUCAUCAUAAAUCCUGCCGUCACACACAAUCGUGCGCCCCAAAAUACGAAAUCCUCGGUUCUUUCAACCAGAUUCCCUGAAUGUUCAUAAUGAUUAGCGAAUCCUCCGGCCGAUUUCACCCCCUAUUUUGAAUUUCAAACGAUUGACCUUCUCCUUCCUACUAGUCUAUAAAUACUGAAAUUCUCUCAUUUGUACUCUACGCUUUCAACUUUCCGCCAUUACUCUCCAGAAAAUCUUCUUUCUCCAGGUCUUCGUCUUCACCCUAAUCCAAACGAUUCUUCUCUUUUCCUACCUUCAAACCUCUCACGAUGGCUUCCUUCAUCUCCAAGCUUUCGAAAUAAUGUGACCAAUGCCAGAAAAUUAUUGAUCGAAGUUCAAUCAAGACCAUACGCUUUGAAAAUGAUAUGAGCACCACUCACCAAAUUCUUGGUCCCCUUUUCAAAGCGGCAGCGCCACCAACUUUCACCAGACUUCUCCAAGAACACUGACUGUCAUCCUUGCUUCAAGGAUUUGAAUGGUCGAAGUGGGAUUUGGCAAGGCCUCAAGGCUUUUGGCCCUCGACCACUACCACCUGGGCAGCCUGGGUUGUACGAAUAGAGAAACUCUUCGACGAGCAAUGGAAAGCCCUAGGCAUCUACGACGCCAUUCUCCUCUCAUCUAUGGACGUCGUCCUCGACAAAGAGCUUCUCCUAGCAGCCUUAUGCUUCUGGUGUUCGGCCACCAACACCAUGGUCCUCCCUCUCGGUCCCAUUGGUCCCACCAUUCUUGAUAUCACCGCCAUUUUAGGGACUUCAGCAUCUGGAAUCCCCAUCGAUGUUGCCCUCUCUAGGUACCCGUCGAACCUUGACCUGAAGACGCUCUUCGACAAACAAGCCCUUGAGACUUUGAGCGGUGAGGGUCAAACACCCUCGAAAGAAGACGUUCAAAAGCUUCACAAGAACUUCUUCAACUACAACACCCUUUAUCUCUAUUUUGCCGGCCAAGGAGAAGAGGCUCUGCGAGAAAGGGAACACGAGGCUUUCCUCUUCUAUUGGUACAACAAAUAUAUCUGUUGUACCAAAUCUAACAAAUGCUUGGUCGAGAACAUGCCAAUGGCCGAAGCCCUGGCUAGUGGUCACACUCUGUCACUUAGGUCAAACAUUCUCGCCCAUCUCUUCUGCUGCUUGGCCGAGACGACCCUUCACAAGAUCAGCCCGUACCAGAACGGUCACCUCUGGGUCUUUCAACUCUGGUUGCAAGUUUACUUCGCCUCUCUUCGGCCAACAAUCAUUGAUUUCUCGCCAACGGAAGUGCUUGGACCUCAGCUAGCUUCCCGACCAACACCCCCUUACCAAGCCGAAGAGGUAUUUAGAUACUUUUUCGCCCUCGACGACCUUUCUAACGACGAGUUCUUGAUAUGUCGUCGUCGAGAAUACCCUUCAUCAAUCAAGCUUCCUACAUCAGUGUGGGGUGCGGACGAAGAUGCCGACCUUCAUCAGUCCUGGGGGUCAUUCGUACUCAUCUGCGACUUACCUCUCGGCUGUGAUGGUCGCCGAGCAGGCUGGGAAGUGUACCAUCCUAACUUCCUUGCUCGACAGCUUAGCUACCUCCAAGGUUACCCGGUCCCCCUUCUCUCCUCACGAACCGUCCUAAGCCGUGGACGCGAACCUGGUUCCUCAGAUAAGGAAUGCAAUAUCGCCAAGAGGGAGUUCCAAGAGCAAUGCCAAAAUUUCUGCCUUCGACCGAUCACUCCAGAAACACUCAGCACCAAUACUUUCUGCGAGUGGUGGGAAGACUACACCCAUAACUUUUUCAGCACACCGGUCGAAGACGUUCUGAACAAGAUCUUCGGUGAUUGACCUACAAAGGCCUCUGCCCCUCAAUCCCAAGGUAGUCGGUCGCUGAAAAAGGGCGAAGUGGUCGCUGCAGCUGCAACUGAGAAAAAAUCGACCCUCUCCAAGAAGGCUAAGACCACCGCACAGGCCUUGCUAAGCAAACGUCCUCGCCAAGAAUUCGAAACGACUAUCGACCCCCCUCGACCUGCCAAACGGGUCAAGAAACUAACGAAGAAGGGAGAGCGGCCUCGCCAAGAAGCUGAGACGACUAUCGACCCUCCUCCUCGACCUGCCAAACGGGUCAAGUCACUGGCGAAGAAAGGAGAACGGGAAAUUCAUGUUAUCUCCAGCCAGACCACGGGGACAACGACUCCUAGUGUCUCCCCUUCUGCCCCCGUUGUCCUUGCUUCGACAGAAAAACGGCCCCUUCCAGCCAAGGAUACCACCCUAAUACGGCCUGUUUCCAAAGUUGUUAAAGCAGCCGUCGCUCCAUCGGUCGAUGUGCAUGUAGCUUCGGGGCCAGUCGCUGCACCUUUCUUGGAAGAGGCGAUCCCUUCGGCUGAACAAACCCGUCCCAAAAAUCCAAAGCAAACAGCGGUCGUUCUAGGAGAAAGUGAUGGGAGUGACGAACUUCCCUUGGUGAGUCACCUCCAACCACGCGAUCAAACUCCUCAUGUGCCCGAAACGGUUGUCCAAGUCGGUCCUUCAGCGGCCGACCGUGGAAAACGACCUGCCGUGGAUCCAGAGGCAACGGUAGAAACGCCUGUUCGCCCACUGGACCAGGACGAGGUGGUUAUACGGGUCGGCCUUUCUGCAGCCGACGGUGGAAAACAACCCGCCGUAGAGCCGGAAGCGUCAGUCGAAACGCCAAUUCACCCGCAGGACGAGGACCUCAACAUUCCUUCCCAAGAAGCAACUUCGGCCUUCGUAAGUACCCAUACUGCUUCUCUCUUGGUUACUUUUCUGCCUUAGAAUUCUAAACGAGGAAGAUACCUAAUGUCAGGUGCUUACCCAUUCUUUUCAUCGAAAAUUCUACGCGCUGAAGGGUGUUAUCUAUAUUUCUUGGCCGCCUCAAUGGCCAUCGAACGUAGAUAACCUUCAUCGGUCGCGUGAACUGAGAAGCAGUCUAAGACACUGGGCUCGGCCAUUAAGUUCUUUAGGUUCGAGCAAUGAACCUGAAGAUGUGGCCGAAGUCUCCUCUCGGCAGGUUUAAAACAAACCUUCUUGCUAUGUUGUUUCGUGAUGUCCUUAAACCUAAACUGAUUUCUUGUGUGCAGCCUUCAUGGGAAGUCGAGUUCAAGGCUUUCUUGUCCAGCACUACUGGAGCGGCUAGCCCUUCGGCCACUACAACUGAACUUGCCAAUUCAACUGCUCUGGUUCAGGUGCAAGAAUUCAUGUUGUACACAUAAUCAUAUUGUACACAUAAUCAUGGCUUUGAAAUCACCCCUAGCCAAGAGGGGUUUAGCCACUCAUGUUCACAACAAAACGAAAGAAAAUGAAUUUAAACAUU